GUGAAUUGACAAUAUUUUUGGAUUAAUGAAGGAUUAAUGGAAUGGAUUUGGAAUUUAAUUUUCAGAGUUGUACUGUUAUUUCGGGGUCUGCUGUAGGAAUGUUGAAAGACCAAACAAAUGUUUAUUUUUAGAAAAUUUAUUUCCUCAAGUGGGUUUCUGUUCUGGUCAAAUAACAUGUGAAUUGUGAAAUGACUACCCGGAAUCCUACAACUUUAAUGGCAAUACCAAACGAAGAAUCUUUUGAUUUCCUUUUCAAGAUUGUUUUAAUUGGGGAUUGUGGCACUGGCAAGACUUGUGUGGUGCAGCGCUUCAAAAACGGAACAUUUAUAGAAAGACAUGCAAAUACCAUAGGCGUCGAUUUUUCAAUGAAAACUGUAGUAGUGGACAAUAAAAAAGUCAAAUUACAGAUUUGGGAUACUGCAGGUCAAGAAAGAUUUAGGACUAUAACCCAAAGCUAUUAUAGAUCUGCCAAUGGUGUGAUUAUAGUUUAUGAUAUAACAAAAAGAUCAUCAUUCUUAUCUGUUACUAGAUGGGUUGAAGAAGUUAGACGUUACUCAGGAAAUUCUGUUCUACUAGCUUUGGUUGGCAAUAAGGCUGACCUAGAGACAUUGAGAGAAGUGGAAUUUGAAGAAGCUGAAGCCAUGUGUCAAUAUAUGCCAGAGGUGCUCUUUGUUUUGGAAGCUAGUGCUAAAUCAAAUGCAAAUAUUGAGGAAGCUUUUAUAUACCUUGCCACUGAAUUAAAGAGGAGACAUGAUCAUGGGCUGUUGAAUCAAGACAGUGAAGAAGAGACUGUUAAACUUGGGGAGAGUAGAAACAUUUCAAGAUGUUCCAGUUGUUCUAAGGGUGUUUUUUAACUUGUGAUUCAUCUACUGGUGUGCCUUAUUUAUACUCAACCAUAUUUAUUUUUCAAAAAACAAAUUUUAUGAUCUGAUCAGGAUAUUAUUCUUAUUGGUUGGAUUGAUUGUUAAAUGAAUAGAUUCUUUGUUGAAACUUCAGUUGGAACAUAAAAGACAAGCCAACCAUGACAAGCUAACCAAAUUAGCUUACUUGAUUACUCAUUUUUACAGUGGUUUUCAUCAAUCAAACUUGAAUUCAUUCAUAAUAGUGGAAGAAAUUAUUGAGAAAUAUUUGCAUAUUGAUGCAAUAAAUAAUUGAGUUGUUGAAAUAUUCAAAUACUCCAAAUACUUUGAUAUUAAAGUGUUUGGUAUUUUAUUCAUGAAUAUCAUUGAAACAAAAAUUUGAGUUGAUAUUGAAAGUGAUAGCUGGCUAAUUUUUUGAAUAUGAGUAUUAUUGAUAUUGUUGAACAAGAAAUUUUUAGAUGUAAGGUGAUGUAAUGAUAAAAUAUUUAUUAAUCAAGACAAACUCAUUUCAUUAUAAAUUAUAUAUUACAUAACAUUAGAGCUAUACAAAACCUAAAUUGUAGUGACAUAUAAUAUCUACAAAAUUAAAUAUACUUAUAUAAAGUUUCAACUAUUU